AUGAGUAGCCGUAUGCGGCGGUGUGCCCAGCUAGCAUUUUCCUCAUCGCAACAAGCUUCAUCCUCAUCAUUCUCGAGCCCGUCAAUACAACCAUCUUCAAUACCAUCACCAACACAGCCACCAUCCGCAACAAAACUGCCACGGUUACGAUGUAAAGUGCCUGAGAAGCGUGAUUUCAUGGACGUGAAUCCGGAACGUACCAAUGAGGACUUCUUUCGCAACUACGAUCCAAUGGUUGGCGUUGGAACCGCGGCGAUUCUAUGUGCUUUCAUUUUUCUGGUCACAAUUAAGUCGUUUCUGAAGUGGUUAACGCGAAAAUUUCGAAUGUUCCGUCUAAUGCAUUCCGCCUCACAUCGACGCCAUCAUAACUCUGCAGAUAUUGAGGCUACUGCAACGAUUGUUCAGAAUACGGACACGGAUGCUGGAUCAACUCCGAAUGAUGGCUGUGGCGGCGCUGGUGGUGGCGGUACUGCAACUGACUCAACCUCUGUGACCACUAUUCGUAGCCCGUUGAAGUGUCGAGGCACCGAUAACAAACCACCGAGCCGACGUCGAGGCUCGACUACGACGAUUAAACCAAUCAUUCGAGACAAGAGUAAAGUGCCCGGAAUGUCUACUGCUGCUUCUGUACCGGUGCUUGGCGGCACGGUUACAAAUCUCAGCAAAUCGGUCGUCUUGGAAACAAAAAAAGUGAAGCUUCCAAACGGUACUGGGCAC